CGUGGGAGAAAACCGAGUUUCUCGUACUUUAAGAUUUGAGGCUGUGAAGCUUAUGUAAAACGUCUCAUGAUGUCUAGUAAGUUGGAGCCUAAAUCUGAUAAAGUAAUUUUUGUGGGAUACCCCAAGGAAACUAGAGGGUAUGAGUUCUAUCAUCCAUCCGAUAACAAAAUUUUCGUUGCUCGGAAUGGAACCUUCCUUGAGAAGGAGUUUCUUUCUGCUAUCACUAGUGGGAGAAAGGUAGACCUCGAAGAAAAUCGAGAACCACAAGAAGAAGUCCCGAUAGUGUUGGAACCUGAGCAAAGAGAUCAAGCAAUUGAACCUCAAAUUUCUCAAGAUUUACCACGUAGGUCAGACCGGAUACGUAAUCCUCUGGUCAGAUAUGGAUUUCUCAUGUCUGAUGAAGGUUUUGAUAUUGACAAACUGUCGGGAAAAUGGAACAAAAUGAAAAGAUUCAAAGAGUUAGAAAAAGUUCUUUGAAGGAACAAAAAGCACAAGAAAGGCAUUGAAGUUUCUAAAGAUGGCGACAUAUGCGUUUUGAAGACGUUGUCUAAAUAUUUAGGGGCAUGAAGAUAGGGAGACAAGACAGCUGCUGCAAUUGGGACCAAAGAAUCCAACAAACCUUCAGCUCCAAAAAAACAGCCCUGGCAGU